AUGUCGCAUCCAAAACUUUACGAAACUCGUGGUGCACAUUAUCAUCAUGAAAGUCAAACGACUAGUUUUUGUUUAUAUGCACCUAAUGCAAGAAAUGUUUGGCUUAUAUUAACUGCCUAUGGUAUACAACAAUAUCGAUUACAAAUGAACAAAAAUCAUGAGGGUUUAUGGGAUAUUGUAACAGAUAAAGCUCUACCUGGUCGAACUUAUCUCUACUUAAUUAAUGAUUAUCAUGGAAGAUAUAUGUUACGAACAGAUCCAGUAAGUUUUUCUAUUGUCUCUAAUUUGAUAACUCGACGUGUGCAAUCAGUUGUUCAUGAUGAAAGAGUUUAUACAUGGAGUGAUCAAAAUUGGAUGAGACAACGUGCUCAAACUAAUCCUUUGAAAUCACCAUUGUCUAUCUAUGAAAUUCAACUAAAAUCAUGGAAAAGUAGUGUCUAUUGGCCAUUGAACUUUCGUCAAAUAGCAAGUGAAUUAGUGGCUUAUUGUAAUCAAAUGGGUUUUACUCAUGUAGAAAUGUAUGGUAUAUUAGAACACACCGACAGAUGGGAAUAUGGCUAUCAAGUAGCGAAUUAUUUUGCUCCUUCUCGUUUUAACGGUACAUGUGAUGAUUUAAAGUAUUUAAUUGAUCAUCUACAUCAAAGUGGUAUUGGUGUUAUUCUUGAUUGGAUUCCGACACAUUUUAAACAUUAUCACUUUUUUCAUCAAUAUUCUAUCUCUUUACAUGAAUAUGAUGGUACAAAUUUAUAUGCUGGUACUCCAUCACAAUGGGGAACACUAUAUUUUGAUUUUGAUAAAGAAGAAACACGUCGACUUCUAUUUGCUAGUGCUCUUUACUAUCUUGAUCGAUUUCACUUUGAUGGAAUUCGUUUUGAUGCUGUUAGUCAAAUGAUUCGACGAAAUCAUACGGAUAUUCAAAGUGCUAUUUCAUUUUUACGUCAACUCAAUCAUACUAUUCAUACAUAUUACCCGGGUGUUCUAUGUAUUGCAGAAGAAACAGAAGGUUAUCCUAAUCUUAGUAGAACGAUGAAUUUUGAUUUGAAAUGGAAUAUUGGUUGGAGUAAUGAUGCACGAAAUUUUCUUCGAACACCAUAUGUUGAACGAUCACAACAUUGGAAACAGAAAAUAUUAGAUGUUUUAAAUGGUGCACGAUGGAGCGAUGAUAAAAUGAUUUGUACAUUGAGUCAUGAUGAUACAAAUGAUGGUCCAUUUAGUAGUAAAAAUAUUCUGUUGAAUUGUGUUUCACAUGCUCGAAAUGAUAUGGAUAAAUUUGCUGAUCUAAGAAAUUUAUUUGCAUGGCAAAUAUGUAUGCCAAGUCGUGGUCAUAUGAUACAUAUGGGCGAUGAAGUUGUUCAACCAAUGUCUUGGUUUCAACGAUGUUUUCGAGGUAAGUCAAGUAUGGAUUGGUCAUUAUCGAAUUCAACAUCAUUACAUGGUAAAAUUCAAGAAUGUAUUCGUGAUCUCAAUCAUCUUUACAUUCGUUAUCCACAGUUUUGGGAAUAUGGAGAAGAAGGCUAUUCAUUAAUCUAUGAAUAUGGUGAAAAUCUAGUGAUUGCAUAUCAUCGAGGUAUUUUUGAUAAUCGUCGAGUUGCUGUUAUCCAUAACUUUUCGAAUCGUGGUUACACAUGCUAUGAUAUUCCACUACCAGGAUCGGAUCCUAAUGUUGGACGUAUUCGAGAUGUAGUAGAGAUAUUCAAUACAGAUGAUCUAAAAUAUGGUGGAUCAGGUACGUUUCAAAAUCAAUGGAUUGAAAUUAAACGUAACAAUGGACAAGAUAUGGUAUUCACAGUUGCUCUUCCUCCUCUGUCGACAAUAAUAUUAGAAGAAAAUUUAGUAUAA